GGGCGAGCCGACCUCGAGCAGCCGCCGCUGCCGUUGCCGAGUUCAGAGGGACCGGAGCCGGUAGACUUCGCCCAGGGUGCCGAGAUGUCGUCCACCGCCGCUUUGUAUCUUCUGUCUACUCUCGGAGGCUACUUGGUGACCUCAUUCUUGUUGCUUAAAUACCCGACCUUGCUGCACCAGAGGAAGAAGCAGCGAUUCCUCAGUAAACACAUCUCUCACCGCGGAGGUGCUGGAGAAAAUUUGGAAAACACAAUGGCAGCCUUUCAUCAUGCAGUUAAAAUUGGCACGGACAUGCUAGAACUGGACUGCCAUAUUACAAAAGAUGAACAAGUUGUAGUGUCACAUGAUGAGAAUCUAAAGAGAUCAACCGGGGUCAAUGUGAACAUCUCUGAUCUCAAGUACCAUGAGCUCCCACCUUACUUCAGCAAACUGGAUGUCCCAUUUCAAAGAGCAUGCCAGUGUGAAGGCAAAGAUAACCGGAUCCCAUUGCUGAAGGAGGUGUUUGAAGCCUUUCCUAACACUCCCAUUAACAUCGACAUCAAAGUCAACAACAGUGUGCUGAUUAAGAAGGUUUCAGAGUUGGUGAAGCAGUAUAAACGAGAACAUUUAACAGUGUGGGGUAACGCCAGUUAUGAAAUUGUAGAGAAAUGCUACAAAGAGAAUUCCGAUAUCCCUAUUCUCUUCAGUCUGCAGCGUGUUCUGCUCAUCCUCGGCCUUUUCUUCACGGGCCUCUUACCUUUCGUGCCCAUCCGGGAACAAUUUUUUGAAAUCCCAAUGCCUUCUAUCACCCUGAAGCUAAAAGAACCACAUACCAUGUCCAGAAGUCAAAAGUUUCUCAUCUGGCUUUCUGAUGCCUUACUAAUGAGGAAAGCUUUGUUUGACCACCUCACUGCUCGGGGCAUUCAAGUUUAUGUUUGGGUAUUAAACGAAGAACACGAGUACAAAAGAGCUUUUGAUUUAGGAGCAACUGGAGUGAUGACAGACUAUCCAACAAAGCUCAAGGACUUCUUACAUUCUUUUUCAACAUAGAGAAAGAACUCAGAAGCACUCAAAGAAAACACAAAAAGACCCAAGAAAAAAUAUUUCACCAACAUUUCCCUAAGACAUUUCCAGAAUGGGUAAAGGUUUUAAUCAGUUAAGUUUUUAUUACCUCAUUUUUAAGUCUGUAUAAGAAUGUAGAAACUAUAUAUUGUAUAUUUAUUUUAAAUAAUAUUGCACAUUUUGCAUUUGUGAAUUGUCUAGAAAGAUAACUGAUUAUGAGAUGCUAAGUAGAAGAUUAUUGAUCAAGAUUUGCAUAUAUAAUGCAAUAUCCUACUAUUCUAAGUAAUUCUGAAAUCAAAGACUAUUAGAUAAAUUUGGCAUUAGCUUCCACUGGAAUCAGAUCAGCUGCUUUAGUAAAAGGAAAUUGUUGAAGACCAUUGUAAUGAUUCUGCACUGUCUUAUUAUUUCUAGGUACAUCUUAGUUAAAGGGGAAAAAUACCAUGGAAGAAAAAGCUUGGAAAGCAAAUGUAGUUAUCUAGCAAAAAUCCAUACAUUGUUAACAGGAGGCAGGCUCAAAAUAACUGCAAGUAUAUUACUUAAUUACAAAUAAAAUCUGUAGACCGAAUGAGAUUUUUUUGUUGUUGUUAAUGGGACAUUCCAUUUGGAAUCUUUCAGGUGUAUAACAAUGCUACCAUGUCUAGUUUUUUUUUUAAUGUUCAGAAGAUAUCAACUGCGAAUUAAGAUAGGAAUAACAUUUUUGUGUUUCCUUUGAAGAAAACUAAGAUUUCCAAUUUUGGCAUUAACUGACUGAGCCGACAUCUAGACUUGAAAUAACGUCCUGAGCCCUAGUGAUUAUACCCAGUUGAUGUAAAAGUACAUAUCAUUCUUUUUAAUCCUUUUGGUAUGAACCACCUGUUUUGAUGGUUAAGCAUUCAGUCGUCUGAGUAUAAAAUAGAAACAGAAUUUCCCAAAGGCUUAGACCACUUACCCAGCCUUUCUGAUGUGACUUCAUGUAAAUCUGUUUCUAAUCUUUUUGACUAAUUCCCAUAAUCUCAGUUUGGGAAGUAAAUAGACCCAAGGAGUAAUAAGUGUCUUGUACCUAGAUUACAUCUGUCAUUUGGAAUUUGCCAGCUCUGUAGCUAUAAAAGAUGACCAUAGUCUCCCGUCUGCCCUGGAUGACAUAUUAUUUGCUUUGUUAUUUAAACUGAAAUAAAGUUGUCAAAAAAGAUUCUUAAAAAUUUUUAUAGUUGUAAUUCUUUCUUAGGAUUCUUGCAUUAUAAAUAUUUUUGCUUAAUUUAAUGAGGUGAUGAGUUGAUAUGAAUAAAUGGACGUGGGAUUUCUCUCUAAAAUAUAGAAACAGUUUUAAGGUAAGGAAUUUGCUUCUUGACAUUUGAAAAAAGAACUUUAU